AUGUCAGUCUAUAGGAUCAGUGAACCAGAGGGGAAGAUUUUGGUGGCGUCUAUUUCAGAAGCAGAUUCAAACCUUCAAGAUUACAAUAAAAGGGGAAUUAAAAGAAAUAUAUCUAAAAGUUUUGCGGAAAUUGUCCUAUUUUUAUCAAAACAUUCAGACUGCAAUGGGGGUAUUUUCCUAUGUGAAAUACAUUAUGUGAACAAAACCGGAUCCAUUGACAGUAUUGGGAAAGAGACCGACAGCUUACAGAAAAAAUCACGUGAAUCUUAUAUAAUAAUGAACUUGAAAGCUAAAACAUCUGACUAUGUUAAAUCUGUUGACACAUUGGCCGAUUUUCUCAAAUCGUUUGAAGACCCAGACAGACUAAAAGGUGCAGACAUGACAAUGUCAUUACAGAUGUUACAUUCUGGUGGCGAUAAGUCAACUACAGAGAAGAGAUUUAGUCUUGAAGAUACAGUUUUCAAGAACGAUUUUUAUCUGAUUCCGACAAAUAAAUUUGAAAACAUGAUGGAUAAAAAGAUACAAAAUUUAUCUAUUGAUGUAAACAAAACGCUACAAAUAUUGGAAAACAAACUAAAUACACAAACAAAGUUAAAUAUAAAUAGUUUGGCUGUUUUAAACGAAUCCAUCCAAACAAUGUUAGCCAACACACAGAACCAAACAGAGCAGCUCAGUGUCAGAUUAAAUGAGAUGGAAACAAAGAUGAAGAAAUAUAUCACAACAGAAAACGUUAAUACAACAUUAAAUUUGGUUGAUGGUCUCAAUAAAACUCUACAAGAAUUUACAGAUGAAUACAAGGAUAGUAUCCAGAAUAUAUUAUACACGACACAGUGUGUAAGGAACGAUAACUCAAGUCUACCGGAACGUCUACAUGUCAAACUAAACGAAACAAAACAGGCCUUGUGUGAUACCAAAACAGACGGUGGAGGUUGGAUUGUAAUACAGAGACGGGUGGCAGGUGAUGUGAAUUUCACCAGAAAUUGGAACGACUACAAAAAUGGUUUUGGAUCAUUGGCUGGAGAUUACUGGCUGGGAAAUGACUGGAUCUCAAAACUUACAAAAACUGGCUACAGUGAACUAAGGUUUGACAUGAAAUAUAAAGGUAAAUCCUACUACGCCGUGUACAGUAAUGUGACGGUGGGAAAUGAAGCAGAUUUGUAUAGGAUAAAGUUUACAUUCAAGACAGGCAACGUUAUAGAUAGCUUUAGUAAUCACUAUGGAAUGGCGUUUUCCACAUUUGAUAAAGACAAUGACGGAUAUACUGAAGGCCAUUGCGCCCAGCUAUGGAGGAGCGGCUGGUGGUUUAACAUGUGCCAUAAGGUGAACACGAACGGCGCGUGGGCAAGUAAAGUCUCAGCUGAAGGAAUUAACUGGGAAGGUCUAACACAACAUACAGAUUCUCUGGAACAGGUUGAGAUGAAACUACGUCGACUUUAA